CAGAGCGAUUGUUGUUGACACCGUCACAUCGACCAACACAUUACAUACAGUCUGUUUGCCUCCCUCCAUCACCACAGGCAGGCAAUGCACGUCCAGCUGGCCUGAAAUGAAACAAAUGCAUCCCCCCUGUCUGUCUGUCUACCCCUCUGCUCCGACCCACCGCACCAAGCGCCCUCGCAGCCCAUUCCAGAAGGCCUUCGCACCCAUAGCCUGCAAUGCAUCCACACACACAGACAGACAUACAGCAGCCAUACACGCAACACUCACACACACACCGCACUUCACUCACUUCACAACGGCCUACCUUACCUUUCUGGAUUGGGGCUGCAGCUGCGUGAUGCCCAGCUCGCUGCCGUCGAAGCACACGAUCUGAAGCAGGCAGGUAUGGUUGGUAUGCACACCAGCAUAUUCAGCUCAGCAGCAGGCAUCAAUUACGUGGGUCGUUUUCCCCGGCCUGCCUGCCUGCCCACCUUGAGUGCGUCACCCUGCAGGUCUAUGAGCCGGUCGGCUGAUGGGGGCGCUGACGAUGCAUUGCCGUCAGAGGCAGAGGACGGACCACCACGUAGCAGCCGGCUGGAUAACAGCUUCAUUUUGAGCGUCUCUGUGUCUUGUGGCGGUGCGUCGUCGUCACUGCCGCUAGUGAGAGUGAACUCUGACCAGCAACCGGGCCACCCAGAGAAGGCCCGGAUCCUGAAUGAUUUUGCAUAUGUACGUAUACGCCAGGUGGCUGUGACCUCCUCCUUCACUCCUUCACUCCCUCCCUCCCCCCUGUCUGCCUGCGUGGCCGCCUGUGGCUCGGCUUACUUGUUGUGUGCGCUUGCUGCUGUCUCCCUGUUGAAGCGCAGCUCGCCCUCAUCCGCUGUCAGCUUCCUCGCCUGUCAUACACACACACACACACACACACACAUGCACACACACACCAGUGUGGGGGGCGGACGGGUGUUCCAUUUGUGUCAAUGCAUACGUGCAUUAUGCAGACCUUUGUCGCCAGGCUCUCAUCCUGUGGCUGUGCUGGCGCCUCCCUCCUCCACACCGACGGCAGCAGAUCCAGCAACGCGUCGGUGCCCAGCUGACCCCCCCAUCACACACACAUAAAUUCUCUCUAUACAUGAUUUCCAUUGCUGUGCACCGCUCACCUCAAAGAGUGUGUGCAGUAGCUGAGGACAGGUCUCGUCGCCCGUGAGGGGGUACUCUAUCUGCUUCAGCACCGGCCCUGCGUCCAUCUUGAGGACGGUUCGCACCACACUCACGCCCGUAACGGCCUCGCCCGCCUCGAGCGCCCUCUGCACAGGGGCUGCACCUCGGUACUUGGGCAGCAGGCUGGGAUGGAUGUUCAGGGUCCCAUACCUCAGGGAGCACCGCACCAGCCAUCGAUUAAUCACACAUGCCAGCCAAACAUAUAUUGCUCAAAUGCAUUGCAAUGCACGACUGACUGACUCCCCUCCACCCUCAUGCCCCUCAAUCACUCACUCAGGUAUGUCGAGGAAGCGCUGUGGUAGGAAUCCGCCAUAGGCCGCGGUGAUGCACAGGUCGGGCGACAGCGCCUCCAUUUCGUUCAAGAAGGCCUCAUCGGACGGCUUGUCGGGCGCCCAGACGGGCAGGCCGUUCUCCUCUGCAUAUGCUUGCACUGGCGACGGGACCACCGUGCGCUUGCGGCCGACUGGUGCAGGCGGGUUGGUCACCACACCCAUCAGGUCAAACCCACUCGAGUCCUCUUGAGCCGCCUUGUGGAUCCUUUGCAAGCAGAGCGCAGCGACGUCUGGCGUCCCCAGAAAGACCACCUUGCGCCUCACAACGCCCUCAGCACCUGGGGAGUGAGUGAUGGACACACCAGAGUCAUGCGACGAUUCAUUGCCAUUCAUCCAGACAGCUGCUCACCUUCGGUCGAGGCUGAUGCGAGGCUUGACACGCGAGAUCUCGCUGUGCCAGCAGCCUUGAGGUAGAAUGGCGGCGGCUGGACGAGAUGAAAGGCUGAUGAUGGGAUGACUGUCAAGGUCACGACGCAGUAGAGCAGCGCACUGGCAGAUGGCCAGCACUCCAUACGCCAGCCCGAGAGACGAAUUGCGAUUGAAAC